UGCACAGCAAGCUCUUCACCGAUGCCUCCUCGCGCAGCAUUGGGGCACUCAACAAGAUCAACUUCAACACCCGCUUUGUCAUGAAGACUCUCAUGACCAUCUGCCCCGGGACAGUGCUGCUGGUCUUCAGCAUUUCCCUCUGGAUCAUCGCUGCGUGGACGGUCCGGGUGUGCGAGAGGUACCACGACCAGCAGGACGUAACCAGCAACUUCCUGGGUGCCAUGUGGCUCAUCUCCAUCACCUUCCUCUCCAUCGGCUAUGGUGACAUGGUCCCGCACACCUACUGUGGGAAGGGUGUCUGCCUGCUCACCGGCAUCAUGGGCGCUGGCUGCACGGCACUGGUGGUGGCCGUGGUGGCCAGGAAGCUGGAGCUUACCAAAGCCGAGAAGCACGUCCACAACUUCAUGAUGGACACGCAGCUGACAAAGCGGAUCAAGAACGCGGCAGCCAACGUCCUGCGGGAAACAUGGCUCAUCUAUAAGCACACCAAGCUGCUGAAGAAGAUCGACCAUGCCAAAGUCAGGAAGCAUCAGAGGAAGUUCCUACAAGCCAUUCACCAGUUGCGGAGCGUGAAGAUGGAGCAGAGGAAGCUGAGCGACCAAGCCAACACCCUGGUCGACCUCUCAAAGAUGCAGAACGUGAUGUACGACCUCAUCACCGAGCUCAACGACCGCAGCGAGGACCUGGAGAAGCAGAUCGGCAGCCUGGAGUCCAAGCUGGAGCAGCUCAGCGCCAGCUUCAACUCCCUGCCCCUGCUGAUGGCCGACAUGCUGCGCCAGCAGCAGCAGCGCCUGCUCGCCGCUGUCCUGGAGGCACGGGGGGUCGGCGUGCCGGUGGGCACCCCCCAAACUCCUCUCUCCGAGAGCCCCAUCGGGGUCAGCUCCACCUCCUUCCCCACCCCUUACACAAGCUCAAGCAGCUGCUAA